GCCAUCUUGCGUCUCCGCGUGUGUGCGCUUAAACUCAGCUGGUCCACCCAAGACCCCCUGGGCACCAACCCUAGUCCCCCGCGCGGCCCCCUUUACGCUCCGACAAGAUGAAAGAAACUAUCAUGAACCAAGAGAAACUUGCCAAACUACAGGCACAAGUGCGCAUUGGUGGGAAAGGAACUGCUCGCAGAAAGAAGAAGGUGGUUCAUAGAACAGCUACAGCAGAUGAUAAAAAACUUCAAUUCUCCUUAAAGAAGUUAGGGGUAAACAAUAUCUCUGGUAUUGAAGAGGUGAAUAUGUUUACAAACCAAGGAACAGUGAUCCACUUUAACAACCCUAAAGUUCAGGCAUCUCUGGCAGCAAACACUUUCACCAUUACAGGCCAUGCUGAGACAAAGCAGCUGACAGAAAUGCUACCCAGCAUCUUAAACCAGCUUGGUGCAGACAGUCUGACAAGCUUGAGGAGGCUGGCUGAAGCUCUGCCUAAACAAUCUGUGGAUGGAAAAGCACCACUUGCUACUGGAGAGGAUGAUGAUGAUGAAGUUCCAGAUCUUGUGGAGAAUUUUGACGAGGCUUCCAAGAAUGAGGCAAACUGAAUUGAGUCAACUUCUGAAGAUGAAACUUGAAGAAGUUACUGGGAGCUGCUAUUUUAUAUUAUGACUGCUUUUUAAAAUUGUUUUUGUUUAUGGAUCUAAUAAAAUCUAGAUCUCUAAUAUUUUUAAGCCCAAGCCCUUGGACAUUGCAGCUCUUUUCAGUUUUUGCUUAUACAUAAUUCAUUCUUUGCAGCUAAUUAAGCUGAAGAAGCCUGGGAAUAAAGUUUGAAAGAAAGGUUAAUAAAGUUCUUUGCCUAGUAAAAAAAAAAAAAAAAAAAAAAAAAA